UCUGCAACUGUUUUUGUGAAAUUAUUUGUAGCCUUUUGUUUGACAAGUGAUGGUAAGGAUCUCGGUGGCUUUCUGGGUGCCAGAGCCGACGGCCACCGUGUCCCAGGAGAGGGAGCGUCCCGAGGCAGCCCUGAAGGAUGAGAGGAGGGACACAGUGCAGCCAGGGGACCGCGAGUCUGAGGAGGACUGCAAGAGGGUCAUGGACGAGUCACUUAAUCGAGGACUGCUAAGAGAUCUGGGCGGCAGUAAGGAGAGCGUCUGCGUGGGGGAUCUGGAACUAAACCCUGUUUCCAGGGCCAUCGCCCGUCACAUGGGCAUCGACCUCUCGCCGGCGGCUCAUGCAGCUAGAAAUCGCAGGGGCAUCGCCAUCAUCGUUUACGGAGCUCCACUUUCUGGUAAAACGGAGACGGCCGUGACCCUGGCGAAGUAUUACGGAGCGGCGUGCCUGAGCAUUGACGCAGUGGUGCGGGAAGCCGUCUCCAGUGGCCGCAGUACCGCCGGGCUCCAGGCGAGGCAGCUGUGUGCCAGGGCUGCCCAGGAAGAGGAGGCCGCUCAAGCUGUUAUAGGUCCAACAGCACCAGCUGGGGCGGGGGCCACCCUGAGCGAGGAGGCGCUGGCUAAGCACGCGACCGAGGACAACAAGACCACCGGGCACGAGCCGGCCUCCAUCUCCAUGCACAACAAGACCAGCCCCGCAGGUCCUGCUAGAAAUGAGGCGGCCCCGGCGUGUGGGGAGCUGAGUGUGGGGGAGGCCGUGUGGGGGGGCCGCGCAGAGCUGGGGGACUGUGUGCUGCCGGAGGAGCUGCUGGUGGACAUGCUCUCAGAGAGGCUACAACUCAGCGACUGUCACCGCGGGGCGGUAUUUGACGGGUUGGACACGACCUACUGCCACUCGCCGGCCAGUGCCCUGCGGAUCCUCCUCAGGGCCUUCGACAACCGCCGCUUCAUCUACGUGGUGAACCUGGUGCACACCUACCAGGACUUCCAAACCCGGGAGAAGGCAACGAGGGAGGCUGAAGAGAACCAGCAGAGGGAGAACGAGGAGCGGGAGAGGCAGCGUUUGCAGGAAAUGGAUGAAGAUGAGUAUGACGCCCUACCAGAGGAGGAGAAGGAGCGCAUUGAGCUCAGGCGUCUGGAGGAAGUGAGAGAACGCAGGCAGCGAGAACGGGCAGCACGAGAGGAUGAGCGGCGGAGGAACCUCGAGGAACAGGAGAGACUACGGGAAGAGGAGGACUUUAAGAAGAAGAACAAAAAGAUGAGGAGAGAGCCUCCAAAAGAGGAUGCCUCGAGGAAGGAGAGUCAGCUGGGUGCAAAGCAGGCCUGUGUUUCACAGUCAUCCGCUGGUCUGCGCUCUGACUCAAAGCUGGACCAGCCCCUCAAGGAGACAAAAAAGACGCCCUCUGUGGAUAACAUGGAGUCCAAAGAAUCCCCUACAGAGGGCGCCAGAGAGCAGGAGGAUGGGGCUAAAUGGAGGAGGAAUAUGGAGGGGAAGGGAGGCGGACGGGAGGAGUCUCCGAUGCUCAGUGACGAUCCGGAGAAAGAGCAGCAGGGCCACAGGCUGCUGCAGUCUCGCUUCAGGCGGUACGAGCUGAGCCAGGCCCAGGUGGUCUACAUCCUGCAGCACUGGGACAGGUCCCAGGGUCUGCUCCUCCAGACCCCCUCCGUCGAAGACCGACUGGAGGAGCCAGCACUCACCUCCCGUGAGGGCCAGGCCUCCUCUGGCAAGAGGGGCAAAAAAGAGCGGGAGCGAGAGAAGGCAGAGAAGGAGCAGAGGAAACAGAAGAUGGACGUCCCCGAGUCCAGGCUGCUGCCAGCCUCUCCAGCUGCCGACAAGGCUCCGCCACUAGGGGGCGACGGCCCGGAGGGGGCUGACAGGGAGCUUCCCUCAGAGGGGGUGCCCCACCUCAUCGUCCCUGUGAGUGGGAGGGGCCAAAGCAGCGGCACGGAGAUCCUGCAGAACCAAGAGCUCCCCCUACUGGAAGAGGUCCUGGAUGGCCUGGGACUGGGACCCAGAGGCCCCCCUGUCCCUCCUCCAGUCAUCUUCUCCAUGGUGUCAUUCCCCCUGAGAAGCCAAGGUGUCGGCGAGCAGCCCGCCUCUGCAUGCUUCACCUUCAUGGUACCGUCAGCGGCCGAGGACACGUCAGAUGACCGGAGGGAGGGGGAGAAGGAUGGGGAGACACUGACCUCCAUCCCUCUGCUCAAGGAGGAGCCUGAGACCCCCACCAAAGGCAGGGGGAGGAAGGCUGACGUGAGCAGGGAGGGCCAUAAGGAGAGGCGUCGAAGCCCGGCCAAGAAGGCUGCAAAGGUCCCAGACGCCCGCUCCCCCCCCAUCGCUGCUGGUGCCCCCAUGCUGGAAGCAGAGCAGAGCAGCCAGGCAGAGGUGCAGCAAGAGCGAGACCAGAAACUGACCACCUUCCGCUGGGUCAUACCUCCUGCCGGGACAGUGACGUUGAAGAUCAGGUUCUACUCAUCCGUGCCGGGCAAGUUCAACCAAGUGCUGAACUUUGAGGUGAUGGACACCAGGAGGCGCUAUCAGCUGCACUGCAGGGGGAUUUGUGGUUUCCCAUCCAUCAACAAAGACUACAGGGAUGUGUUUGCACACUGUAAGGAAGCCCAGCUUCCCGGGAGCAAUGUGAGCAAGACGUACAUUGCCCACUCUGGCUCAUACGAGUUCGGCCCCCUGCUAUGUGGGAAGAACAGAGAUAGGUAUAAGGAGGAGAGGUACCCAGAAAACAUGGAGACGCUGGUCAUGCACAACUGCUCCCCUCUGAAGGCCGAGAUUCAUUUCUGCUUCCAGCAUGACACCAAAGCCGCGACCUUUAUGCUGGACCCCCCUAGCAUGACCCUCAACCCCAACGAAAAGCAGGGGCUGACAGUGUGGGCGUACCCCACCACCCCAGGCCUGCUCGAGGACAGCAUUGUGUGCUGCGUCAGAGACAACCCUGAGCCCGCUGUCUUCCGUAUCUCCUGCUGGGGGGUCCGGCCUGAACUGGACUUGGAUCGCAAGCAACUGCAAUUUGACAAAGUCCUGCUGAACAGGAAGGUCACAAAGAGCCUGUGUCUUCGUAAUAACACCCUGUUGCCCGUGGCCUGGAGCCUGAGUGGUCUGGAGGCCCUGGGGGAGGAAUUUACCGUGUCCCUGGACCGGGGCGUCAUCCCUGCGCAGUCUCAGUACAGUCUGCAGGUUCACUUCCGAGCCAGCAGGCCCACCAGCCUUAAGAAGGCCAUUCGGCUGGAGGUUCUGGAUGCGGAUAACAUCCUCGGCGUUGUCCAUACAGAACACAUCCAAAUCCAAGCUGAGGCGUAUGACGUCUUGUUAGACAUUACAUUCCUGAAAGGAUCUGGCUCAAAUGGCUCUAAAUCAGACAGCAUCCUGGACUUUGGGACAAUCAGAGUCUCGGAGGAAGCCAAACUUUCCCUGGCUUUGAAAAACAAAGGAAAAUAUGAAGUUGCUUUCAAGUUCCUGCUGAAAGGCGCUGACCAGCUAGGGCCAGACCCCAACUCCCUGGUCACUGUCACCCCUUCCAGUGGCUCACUCCAUCCCAAUGACCGGCCCAGCACUGUGCAGUUUGUCUUCCAACACAACAAAGAGGUCUUCAUCAGAGAGCAACCAAUCAUAUCCCUCCAGGUGAUCGAGCCAAUCAUCAAAGAGGGGGGUGAGGUCAUCGGCAUCAUGCCUAUCAAGGUGUCGGUCCAGUCCCUCUUCAGCAAAUACAGCAUCUCCCCCUCCGAGACGAACUUCGGCCCGCUGGUAUACGGCACUCGCAAGUGCCUCACCUUCACCAUAGAGAACAGAGGAAUGUUUGAGAUGCGUUUCAGUAUCUGCAGGAUGCCCCACGACCAGUCUGUACCCUCCCAGAGAAAAGGCACGGUGACUGUGAAGCGCACGCGCUCGCGGGAAAGCUGCCCGGCAAAGCCCCCUUCUGGCAGCAAAGUGCGCCGCAUGGAAUCCAUACAGCGGGAAAUGGGAUUAUCUUCACAGGCUCGCUUGACAAUGGGGGUGUUUUCCGUGGCCCCCUGUGUCGGCGUCUUGGCUCCCGGAGCUCAGCAGGUGGUGACGGUGGACUGCGUUGCUGACCAGGCAGGCAGCAUGGAGGAGUGCAUCGCCAUCGAUAUCUCCGAGCGCGACCCCAACCACCACCCCAACGGGAUCCCAUAUCGGCUGGCAGCCGAGGUCUGCGUGCCAGAGAUCGUGUGUGACGACAUGGCGUCUGUGUUCGAGGAGCAUCGCACCUGCAGAAACAGCAGCCAGCUGGACUCCGAGGAGUACAGAGACGCAACCGGCAUCUACAUCCAGGAUGAGAACAAGUUCAUCUUCUGUAAUGUGCUGGUGGGCCAGAGUGCCAGUGCCCGCUUUGGCAUCAGCAACACGGGGAAGGUGCCCUGUGAUCUGAGCCUGGCCAUCAAGUCCGCCAUGAGCAGGGCAUCCGGUCGCUCUGCCGAGGUCUUCGAACUGACGCCCACCAAGCUGUGUGUCCCCAGCCACUCGCGAGCCAUGGUGGUGGUCACCUUCUCCCCCCAAAGCAUGCAGACGUACAGCGCUGUGUUUGAGGCCACGCUGGAGGCUUCGGCCAGCUCGGCCCCCUCGACCCGGACGAGAGCCCUGGCGUUCGAGCUGGCGGGUGACGGCCACCUGCCCCGCGUGACGGUCCUGCGGCCACUGCUGCGGACCCCCCAGGGUGGCCUGCUGCUCCAGUUCAGGCCCGUGCUGGUGGGCCGCAGCCGGACCCUGCCUCUGGUGCUGAAGAACGACGGCACUGUGUCCGCACAGGUUCACAUUGAUCUUCUGGAUGAGACGGGCGUCUUCACACUGAGGGCCAUUGCAGAGCCUGUGGAGGACAGAGACGCCGUUCUCACAGACAGCCAGGCUCACAGAGAGGGCAGAGCACCACAGAGAGCCUCCCUGUUCCUCACUGUGGGGCAGCAGGCAGAGUUCGAGGUGGAGUGUCGACCCACUGCAGAGAUGAGCUUUGAGGCCAAAGUGCAGCUCCUGGUGGUGGACAACCAGUAUGAGGACACGAUGGUCCAGCUGGUCGGGGAUGGGUACAGGGAUGUCAUCACCCUCGACAACGUUGGCAGCAAAAGUUUGCCCGAAAGUGAGACUGCAGAUGGAAACACAUCAGACAUUCUACACUUUGGGGUCUGUCACGUGGCCAAGCCCUACCAGGAGACCUUCACCAUGACCAAUCACAGCAGCUCCGACGUCCUGAGGUUCGAAUGGCCCCCCGAGAGCCGGCAGGUGCGGUUCUCCCCCCAGACAGGUCACCUCCACAUGGGCUGCUCCAAGGAGGUGAAGGUGACGUUCUGCUCGGAGCAGCCGGUGGUCCUGAGUGCCCAGCCCGUGAAAUGCAAGCUGUGCAGGGUGGUCUUCACACAGCCCAUCGACCAGGUGCCCGACUGGGAUGACCGGCUCAGAACCAUAAGAUGGGUCGAUGUCCUGAAGCAGGCGGUUGCGACCCAACCAGCUAAGAUGAAGGUGAUCCAGAGUGACCCCGAGCCGGCCCACUCCGUGGUGGAGAACUCGUCCAGGGAGCUGGAGUUACGUAUUAAUGCUGUGUGCGAUUAUGCCAGGUUCACCUGCAAGGCGGAAAACAUUCGCUUCAAAGACACAAUGUUGUAUCAGACUCGGAUAUUCCAGUUCCAGAUGAUAAAUUCAGGUGAUAUACUGCUCGAGUUCACCUGGCAGGUGCUAAUGGACCAAGCCGGACCGGCUGUCGGCUUCGAUCGAGGAGGAACCCCCCCGCCUGCAGCCCCUCCCCCGCCUGCAGCCCCUCGUUCCCAGCACGCCCCCAGGGCGGCGUCCCGUCCAGCCAGUGCUUUGGAAAGUGUUUCAAACUUGCUCCUGGGAGACCCCAACCUGCCACCGUUCUCCGUGGAGCCCAGUGCCGGGACCAUCAACCCUGGGGACAGUCUGACUUUUUGCGUCCGGUUCUCCCCGCUGGAGGUGUCCGAGUGGGAGGGUCUGCUCAUCUGCAGCGUCCCCAACCUACAGGACGGCCAGGGCCCCUCAUUGGCUGUCAGGGGCCGCAGCCUCCUUCCCGACUGUCACUUCCAUCUUGAGGACUCAGACUACCUCAGCGGGGGCCGGCGCAACCCUGACAUGCAGGGCCCCAGUGGGGCCCCUCCCCGGGCCACCCUGGACCCCAACACAAGGGUCAUCGAGGUGUCCUCAGUGGGCAUUGGCACAGCCAUGUCAAAGGUGUUCAGUAUUGUGAACCCCACCAGCAAGUCCUACUCGUUCAUGUGGACUUGUGAGGGCUUACAGGAUGCUACUUUCAAGUGCCUGACUCCCAAGGGCUUUAUCCAACCAGGAAAAAAAGCAGAGGUCUCUUUUGAGUUCCGGGCCCAGGACCUGAACAUUGCGGAGGCCCUCUGGACCUUCAUGAUCCCAGAGCGGAAUAUCUCAGUGCCUUUUCUGCUUGUGGGCUUGGCCCGUGAGCCGGUGGUGUACAUGGACCGGACCCAUGUCAACCUGGGAUAUUUGCUUAUGGGCCGCAAGGUGCAUGAGAAGGUCUACCUACUGAACAUGGAGGAGGUUCCGUUCCACUUCUCCAUCCGGCAAGCUUCCUGUCACUCUGAGGCCAGCCUCGACACCCUGCGGCUUGAGCCGUUGAUGGGGACAGUGCAAGCCCGUGACAGGCUUCCCCUGGCCAUCUCCUUCAGCCCUACACAGGAGGGGCCUGUGACCUUCAACCUGGUGUGUGACGUGAGAGGAAAGGUGAAGCCUUUGACCGUGAACGUGAAAGCAGAGAGCUUCACCUUCGCCGCAUGUGUUCAGUGGCAGAGCGUGGAUGGUGAAGUCACAGACCUGUGUCCGGGAAACCAACAUCAGGUGGACUUCAAACAGGUUGAGCUGGGUGACAAAAGUUUGUGCCACUUCCUGGUUUCGAACCCUGGAAAGUUCAGCUUAGAUGUACAGUACGAGCUGUGGGGCCCGCCGGAGAUGCAGCGCCACCUGCAGGUGGACCCUGGCAGUGGCAUUGUGCCUACAGGAGGACAGAACAGCUGUACUGUGACAUUCUUUCCGCUACAGAAGUGUGUGCUCAGAAACACCGGCCUCCGUAUCCGCGUAAAGAACGGACCAUCUUUCAAGUGCUGCUUCUCUGGCUUGGCAGUGAAUCCCAGCAUCCACUUCUCCUUCCUCAAGCACAACUUUGGAAAGAGCUUCCUCUACUGUGCUGGCAUGGUGCCUCCUGCAAAGACGCUGGUCAUCUCCAACAAGGGAGAGCAGUCAGUUAGCUUGGGUUGCUUGUACCACAGUACAGUACAUCUGGAGGUGGGCUUCCAGCCCAAAGUGUUGCUUCCCGGUGAAACCAUGGAGGUGCCUAUUACCUUUUAUCCACGAGAGGUCAUGCGAUACAAGGAGAAGGUCUUCUUUGAAAUAAAUGACUCCGCAAAGCAUGUGGUGGAGAUCCUGGGCCAGGGCAUUGAGUUGAAGAUUCAUGUGGAAGACCCCAAGGACAAGGUGGUGAACCUCGGGACCCUCCUGAUUGGUCAGAAGACCAAGACAGUGAUUCCUGUGGUGAACAACAGCCAAGCUCCUGUGACAUUUUCCUUGCUUCUGAACCCAUCUGUGGAAACGCUGUUGGACUCCAAGGUGCUCUCAGUGAGUCCGACUGGAGAGGUGACCUUGAAAUCAGGGGGAGGGCGCUGCUCCAUUGAGUUGCUGUUCUCCCCCUGCUACCGGUUGCCCCCCUUCAAGGAAGAGCUGCAGCUGGAGUGCUUGGGGACAGUGCGCCCCCUGCUGGUGCUGCGGGGCUGCUGCCAUGGCAUCGAGGUUCAGCUAGACCAAAAGCACCUGCCCUUUGGAGCAGUGGCUAAGGGCAGCCGAGUUAGCCGGCGCAUUGUAAUGAGCAACACGGGAGACAUGGGAGCCCGGUUCAAGUGGGACGUGAAGGCUUUUGCUCCGGUGUUCUCCAUAACGCCCACCGAGGGCUACAUCUGCCCUGCCAUGCUGGUGCCAUUUGAUGUGACUUUUGCCCCCACGGAACUCAGCCAGGAUCUGCGCUGUGACAAUGUCCCCUGUGCCAUCGAGGGUGGCAAACCCAUCAGACUCACCCUCUCGGGGUCUUGCAUCGCGACCCCCGUCGUCAAGGAGGUGUUGCACUUUGUGUGUCAGGUGCGCACUGAGCACACCCAGGCCGUCCCCCUGUCCAACCGCAGCAGCCAGCGAUGCACUCUGAAGCCUGUCCUGCAGGGGGAGCACUGGAGCUCCCCCUUGACGUUGGUCCUUGAGCCAGGCCAGCAGAACAAGCCCUAUGAGAUCACCUACAAGCCCCUGGUGAUGACUGGUGAUGGGAAGAAGCACCAGGGAUCCAUCUUCUUCUCCUUCCCAGAUGGGACAGCCUUGCUGUACAGCUUGCUCGGGACCUCUGAGCCGCCCAAGGCCGCCGGCACCGUCUCCCACGAGGUGCCCUGCAAGACCCAGUUCACGGGAGUGUUAUCGGUGCUGAACUGGCUGCCCCGGCCCCAGAGGUUCCGUGUCGUUGUGGAGAUCCUGAAACCCGAGCGGCCUGAUAACACCAUCACCGUCAAGGGGCUGGAGUACCUGGAUGUCCCAGCGGCCACCAGGAGGAGCUAUAAACUCGGCUUCUUUAGCUACAGAGAAGGAAAUAUCAGCGCCAAAGUGACUUUCGGGAACGAGCUGACACAGGAGUACCUGUUUUACUAUGUGAACUUCAAGGCCACCGCGCCCGGCGUCAUCCAAAUGGUGGAGAUGGUGGCUUUGGUGAGGCAGAUGGCCUCAGCCACAGUGACCGUGGAGAACCCCCUCCCUGUCGGCCUCUACUUAACCACCGAGUGCCGCAGUGGGGACGUCUUCAUGCCUCCCCAGCUGUUUGUGCCCGCAUUGUCCAUGGCACCCCUCACUUUUGAGUACCAGCCCCUGCGGCCAGGAGACUCCACCGCCCGUCUGACCCUGUUCUGCAGUGAGCUGGGCCACUUCCACUACGAGCUGCUGCUCCGGGCGCUGCCCGCCCCUCCUGAGAAGCCCCUCUGUUUCCGGACCCCCCUGGGCACCGGCCAGUACAUUGGCGCCAAGUUCACAAACUACUCCCGCGUCAAGGCGGAAUAUACCGGCAAGACGGACGGCCUAGACUACACGGUGGAGAAGAGCAUCACGGCACCAGCGGGCUCCCAGGCCGGCACUGAUGUCGGGGUGGACGUCUACUUCGAGCCGAGCCAGCUGGGCGAGACCCGCGCUGCUCUCACUCUGUCCUCGAGCCUGGGGGGCGACUACAUCUUCCCGCUCGUCGGCACGUGCCUUCCGCCCAAAGCCCAGGGCCCCUUCACCAUCCAUGCAGGCUCCAGCAUCUCCAUCCCUUUCAAGAACGUUUUUCUGCAGACCACCACCUUCUCCUUCCAAGUGGACAACCCCUGUUUCACUGUCAAGGUGACGGAGAUAAUUCGUUCCAAGAAGACGCACAGUGUGGUGGUGGCGUACGAGAGCCCUUCCCCGCAGCCCUGCACGGGUAAGCUGACUGUCUCCAGCCCGCGCUCUGAGGGCCACGGGCAGGGUGUCUGCUGGGUCUUCUACCUGAAGGGCCUGAGCUCAGAAGUGGGUUCACGAGGUAAGGCCUCCUGAAAGCCUGUGAGGUAGCCCCCCCGAAGGCCUGUGAGGUACUGUAGACCCUCAUUAGCGCCCUCAGAACACAGCACCUGAGGCUACGCAGAACUUGCUGAGAUCCAGCAACCAUUUGUUGCUGCAUUCAGGCUUAGUAGUUAUUUAAACUGUUCAAAUUAAUAUUAUACAACAUAGACUUAAAUGUACUUUAAUUGUAUCAGAAGUUUUAUGUACAUGCAUCUGAGUAUUUAGACUACACUAAGAUACUUUCUUACAUAAUAAAGUAUUUUAUAUUUUAUAGUUAUAGUUUUUCAUAAAAAUCUUUCCUUUUAUUGCGUUUAAACUAAGAUAAGAUAAAAGCCUUUUUGUCAUUAUACUUCAGUACAACAAAAAUGUGUUGCAUGUGUCAUCUAUGCUGAACUGCAAUG